CCGACGAGCAAUUCAGCUGUGUGGUGAACAAUGGCGACAUCACGACGGACGGUAUGACAUCUCGACAGGCUAGAUGUUCCCGCUACGUUGUCCGGACGCGGCUGCACGUACAUGCGCGUCAUUAGUUCGCGAACGCUGAGAACGGAUCCACGACACGUAGUCCCGGGUGUUCCGCUCUUCUCUCUCUCUUUCUCUCUCCUUCGCCACGUAUCCCUCGCCGUUUGCGAUGGCUGCGGUGAACGCGAACGCGCUGUCCAGUGACAUAAGCCGUAGAAAUCCCCAGGACGAGUACGAGCUCAUUCAGAGGAUAGGAAGCGGGACCUACGGCGAUGUCUACAAAGCUAAACGGCUCUCCAUGAACGACCUCGCGGCGAUUAAGGUUAUCAAGCUGGAGCCAGGCGAUGACUUUGCAAUCAUUCAACAAGAGAUUCUAAUGAUGAAGGACUGCAGACAUCCAAAUAUUAUUGCAUAUUACGGCAGUUAUUUAAGGAGAGAUAAGUUGUGGAUAUGUAUGGAAUAUUGUGGUGGUGGAUCGUUACAGGAUAUAUAUCAUAGUAUGUAAAAUAUUUAUUAUUUAAUCUUUAUUUAAAAUUAGAAGGAGGAAAUAAAGCAGUUUUGAAGU